CUUGUGCCAUUUUGGUUAUUUUUCUUUUCGUUUGUUGAGCUGGAAAAUUUUUCAGUUUUUCAAGAAAAUGGAUAUUUGUGGCUCUUCUCACAGCAGUACUGGGCUCCAGAGAGUGGCUUUGAAAGACAUCGGGCCCGACAUGGACAACAUUUUAAUCGUGGCACUGAUUAUUGGCAAGCAAAGACCGAGAAAAUUUCUGGAUAAAACUAAAGAAACUGAGCAAUACAAAGCUGUUUGGACCUUUACUGUGCGAGAUUCGCCAAGAGAUUACAUAAAUGUGACCUACUGGGGCUCCAGUGAGGAUGUUUGCACUGCCAGUGAUAAAUUCUACACCGGGGAUGUUGUGGAAAUAAGAAAUCCUAGAAUCAACGUCCGGAAGUUUAAUGAAACUGGGGAACAGUUUUGCCCCAUGGUGACCUCCCCCUACUCCCUCACUCUGAACGAACACUCCACGAUUUUUCCCUUCAAUGGAGACACAUUUUUCCUAACAAAGUUGUUAAAUUUCCCCACCAAACCCCUAGCAGGGUUUGUCCCCCUUCGCGAUAUUCACAAUGAAGGAGCUAACAUGAAAGAGCGCCUCGUUGACAUUUUGGGGGCUAUAAGGAGCGUUGGGAAUGUGCGAACUGUCAGUACGAAAAGGGGACAAGAAAUGCAGCUGCGAGAAAUUGUCAUUUUCGACCACACCAGUGGGGGGUUAAAAAUAACAAUUUGGGAUUCAGACAUUAUAGCGAGGGCGAGUACAUGGAAACCGCGGACAACAAUUCUUUUUAUAACUGACGCAAAAGUGGAGUGGUCAACGUUUUUGAGGACCUACUGUGCUGGAGUCACUAGUCGUUCGAUUAUUACCGAAAAUCCGAUCGGACAAGAAGCUGCCACGUUGGCUAAUUACGCUAAAAAUGCUCCUUUGACCGCGACGGAUAUUCUGGAUCAGUUCAUUACGGAGUUACCAGAUCCUGAGUCGAUCCAGAAUGUGAUGUGUGUCCAACAAAUUCUCACCAAGAUCCGGAAUUUUCAAGAAAAUACCUUAACAGACCCGCAACUAACAGCUCUGAUGUUUGUUGUCAUAACUCAAUUAGAUUUAGAUGGUCUUUCACCCGUGACACGAGUCAAAUGUGGACACUGUAAAAGUCGGCUUGAAAACAUGAAUUCCGUUUGUGAAAAUAGCGAAUGCUCCUCAAAUUCUAAGAGUGUUGAUGUCUCCUUUGAUAUAAGUGUCCACUUAUCUGAUCACACCGGUACUCUCAAGAAUUGUCGUUUGUCGGGUGCCACUGCUGAGCAAGUAUUAAAGUGCUCAGUUCAGCAGUUUAUGAGAAUGACCGACAGGCAAAAAUGUGAACUGAAAUGGAAAUUUUUGAUGGAACGCUGUGCUGUUAGAAUUAUAACACUAAUGUCAAGUAAAUUCAGUCCGCGCAUCGUAAUCGUAAGUUGUGAGCGAGCGAAUGCCUUAGAAACAGCACAAAGAAUACCAAUUUGUUAAGUGUGGGUAACCCUAAGUCUUACUAAAUUAGUUUUUACUUAAAAAUCGUUAAGUUCAAAUGUUUAUUGUUCGUCAAAUUUGAAUUAAGGUGUAAGUUGCAAUAAAAAAGAACUGA